AUGCGAUUCCAUUGUCCAUACCACGGUGAACUUGUCGAGCAUUCACCCAGCGAUGACGAACUUCCAGAAGAGGAUGAGGCCAUUGUGCAGACCGACAUCAUCCACCCGCCACGGAUCAACCAUCGUUCGCGCGUGACGUUCCCACCCAGCGUCGAUGAAGGUGACCCCAACGUGCCCAUCAAGGACCGUCGAGCAGCAUCCACCUGGCUAGCCACGACCGCCAGCCUCAACACCACUCCCGAGACCCGCGGACCUUUUUACCCCUGCCACCACCCUGGCGAAUCCUGCGUCAGCGCAAAAUGUUCCUGCUGGCGAGCGAAAAUCACCUGCGAGAAAAUCUGCAGUUGCGCACCAAGUUGCCCACGCAAAUUCCAAGGCUGCUCCUGUUCCAACGACCGAGCCCGCGCAAACGGAGGGACCUCGAAAAAGAACCAAAAGUACGUCUGCUUCGAAGACGCCCGCUGCGCAUGUUUUCAAUCCGGUCGAGAAUGCGACCCUGACCUCUGCGGCGAGUGCGGCGUCUGCGACAUCCUCGACCCCGUCCACCGCCACGACGACCGCAUCCUCCAAGCCCGCUGCCGCAACGCGAGCAUCCAGCGCGGCGUCCCCAAACACACCAUUCUCGGCGACAGCGGCGUACACGGCCUAGGACUCUACGCAUGCGAAGACAUCCGCGCGCACGAAUACGUCGGAGAAUACAAAGGCGAAAUCAUCACCAAGGAAGAAGCCGACCGCAGAGGAUCCGUCUACGAACAUCAGAAAUUGAGCUACCUCUUCUCCCUCAACCAGAAACAGGAAAUCGACAGCACGUAUUUCGGCACGAAGAUCCGCUUCAUCAACCACGCUGGGGAUGGCAAGGGAAAUAACUUGUAUCCGAGGAUCAUCAUGGUCAACACGGUGUAUCGCAUCGCGCUGUACGCAUCGAGGAAUAUCCGCGCGGGAGAGGAGUUAUUUUUCGAUUAUGGGCCUAUGUUUCCGGAUGAGCAA